UUUUAGUCAUUAAACGAAUUUAGUUCACAGUAAUCACCCAGAAUUGCCGGCUUACACUACCUUGAUUGCAACCCCAUUGCCAUUGGGCAGUGCCUUACUCUUCUGUUGAUCAAAUUAUUCUCAAUCAACGAUCCAUGACCACCUCUAACUCCUCCUCAGAUUCUGUAAUGGGUGUUGCUGAUAAGAAUCACAGAUGGGGUUUGCCGCCAUUAUCAACAAUUCUUUAUCACUUUGGAACAAGUGGGGUUUCUGUUGCCACUGCUACAUCAGUUACUCAUCCUUUAGAUGUUCUCAAAGUAAGGCUUCAAAUGCAACUUGUUGGUCAACGAGGACCUCUAACUGGAUUGGGACAUAUCUUCACCCAGAUAUUGAAAAAUGAAGGAUUCAGUGCAUUAUACCUUGGAUUGACACCUGCUUUGACAAGGUCAGUUCUAUAUGGAGGAUUACGAUUGGGUUUGUAUGAACCUUCAAAAUAUAUUUCCGAAAUGGCGUUUGGAUCCACAAAUAUCCUUGUUAAACUUGUAGCUGGAGGCUUUGCUGGUUCUUUUGCCACUGCGCUGACUAAUCCUACUGAGGUCUUGAAGGUUCGCUUGCAAAUGAACUCAGGCAUCAAAGUAGGUGCUAUUAGCCAAUUGCGCAAAAUUGCUUCAGAAGAGGGUAUAACUGCUCUUUGGAAAGGCGUUGGUCCUGCUAUGGCAAGAGCUGCUUCUUUGACUGCAUCACAGCUGGCAACAUAUGAUGAAUCUAAGCGAGCUCUGUCAAGAUGGAGCUUUGUUGAAGAAGGAUUUUCUCUGCACCUCAUGUCAAGUACUAUAGCUGGUGUUGCAAGCACACUGCUUACGGCACCCAUAGAUAUGAUCAAAACCCGUCUAAUGUUGCAACGGGAAUCAAGUGGCGGGAAUUAUAAGAAUGGAUUUCACUGUGCCUACCAGGUCAUGCGUACAGAGGGCCCUCUUGCUCUGUACAAAGGGGGCUUUACAAUUUUCGCACGAUUGGGACCACAAACUACAAUCACCUUUAUACUCUGUGAGAAGCUUCGAGAGCUCUCAGGACUUCAUGCCAUUUAGUUCAGGCAAUUCAGGGGAAGUUCUGGCCGCACUGCUUCAAAUUAGACUAGACAAGAUUAUUUUCCUCCAUUAUUUUCGGUGAUUUAAAGGGGUUUUGGGUGUGACAGAAACACCUCCCCCUCAGUUUUGCAUAAUCUGAUCACCAUAUAUUCUUCUUAUAUUCAAAAGCUUCAUAUGUGUAAGACUGGAAAUAUCGCUUUCAAGUUCAAUUUAGUUAUCAGUUAGUUUGUAUUUCCUCAUUGAUAAGUUUGGAUAAUCAAUUACCUUGAUUUGGGAGAUGAAGAGCAACUGUCAUGAUGAACUGUAUUGUCCUGUCCAUGCAGUGAUGCAGGCUGUCUUAACACCAAUAAAAGCAUUAGUUGCUGAUUGA